AAUUUUGCGAUAUUUGUUAUUAGGUUAGGUGAUUCUGUACGGUGGCCAAGCGCGGCCAAUGUCCUGUGUGACGCUCAUGAUUUUCUGUGCUGAUUCUAAGGCGGCGGCUGCAUUGUAUUAGUGAAGGAUUAUAAAAUGGACCUAUCUGCAUUUUCUGAUGAGAAGUUUGAUGUGAAGCAAUGGGUGGGGCAGGUGUUUGAAUCUCCUGAAGCAAAGGAAAACUCGGAAAGCCAUGCAGCAACAGUUGUCAUGAAGUUACAGCUUUUCAUUCAGGAAGUCAACAGCUCCUUAGAUGAAACCAGCCAACAGGUGCUGCAGAGUCUGCCCCGUUUGGUGCGGGACGUGGAGGCGGUGCGGUCGGAGGCGUCACGUCUGCGCGAGCAGAUGAGCGUCGCCAAGGCUGACGUCGUUAAGGUGGAGCAGGAGACGGCCCAGUCCAUGCGCACGCUCACCCAGCUGGACACGGUCAAGGCGCGCAUGGAGCGCACGUGCCAGGCGCUUCGCGAGGCUGACAACUGGACGACGCUCUCGGCCGACGUCGAAGAGGUGUUCGAGAGCGGCAGCCUGCAGCAGAUGGCCUCCAAGGUGGCGGCGCUGCAGCAGAGUUUGGCCGUGUUGGCGCACGUGUCCGACUACGAGGAGCGCCGUCAGACGCUCGAGGACCACCGCAACCGGCUGGAGGCCACCGUCAGCCCGCACCUCGUGUCGGCCAUCUCGGCCGGCGAUGUCGCCCGCAGCCAGGAGCUGGUGGAGGUGUUCCGCCAGAUGGGUCGGCUGCCGCAGCUGGAGAAGUACUACGUGCGCUGUCAGCGCGGCGAGCUGCAGCAGAGUUGGGCGGCGCAGCUCGAGGCGCGUCAGGAGGAGGGCGUGCUCGAGUGGCUGUCCGCCUUCUCCGACACGCUGGUGGACACCUGGCAUUCGCAGACACGCUGGUUGGAGCAGGUGCUGCCCCACCUGUCGCCGGUCAACACGCUCUGCUGCGUGCUGGCCGACACGCUGCAUGCCCUGCAGCCCAGCGUCGCCACCUGUCUGGAAACGGCUGCCAAGGAGCACUCUGACCCGCUGCAGCUGCUGGAGGACUGCAAGCGUGUGACGGACCGGCUGAUCGGCACGCUCCUGCUGGCGGCCGACCUGCCCUCAGGCUCGAGCGCGGAGGCCCCGGCGGCCGCGGCUCUGGUGAGGGCCGCCUACGAGCCGUACGUCACCCAUCUGCAGCGGUACGGCCGCUACCAGGAGCAGCUGCUCGUGCUGGCCAUACAGGCGCUCGUGCCGACCAGCGCUGAUCUGCAAGAGAGGGUGGACGCGGUGGGCUCGUCGGUCAGCAGGCUGAUGACGCUGCUUCACUCAGCGCUCGAUAGAUGUCUCUCGUUCACGUACGGAUACUGCUUACCUCAGCUGUUGGACGCCUUCAAGUGCGCCUUCGAGACGUACCUGUCGAGCGUGAGCGCGGCCGCGCGCCAGUUGGGCGCCCAGCCCGCCUCCGGCUCCGACUGGACCGUGUUCCACGCCAGCGUCCGGCUGCUGCAGGCCAUAGGGGACCUGAUGACGCAGACGGACCGGCUGGAGCUGCGCGUGGUGACGGCGCUGACGCAGCCGCCGGCCGCCGUGCCCGCCCACCUCGGACCGAACCUGCUGCUGCCGGCCGAUCAGCAGCAGCGCUACGGCCUACUGGUGGACCAGGUGGCCGACGGCGACACUGUCACCUUGCUGGAGCCGUGCCACCGUGUGCUGGACACCACCAAUGAAGAGGUGCAGCGCGUGGCCUUCUACGCCAUGUUCUCGCCGAUCCAGAGCCAGCUGCGGGCGCUGGAGGCGGCCGAUUGGGAGGGCCGCGGCCCCGGCGGCUCGCUCUCGGCCGACCUGCCAGACUUCAGCUACACACCGCAGGAGUAUAUCACCCAGGUGGGCCAGUACUUGAUGACGCUGCCUCAGCACCUGGAGCCCUUCAUGGCGCAGAACGACCCCACGCUGGGCCGCGCCCUCCAGACGGGCGUCAUGCCGUACAGCUCGGACGUGGCCGGCGGCCGCAGUGAGUCGGAGUCGGGCGUGGUACACUACAUCAUUAGCUGCCUGUCGGAGGGCGCCUGCCAGGUGUACGCCGACCAGAUCGUGCAGAUCCAGCGCAUCACACCCGGCAUGACCCGACAACUGGUCGCCGACAUUGACUACCUCGGUAACGUGCUGGACGACCUGGGCCUGCGGCUGGCCGAGGUGCUGCACGCCCUGCGCACGCUGCUCCGCUGCCCAGCCGCCGAGUACGCGCGCCUGAGCGGCGCCGGUGAGGAGGGGCGCGCGCCGCCGGACUGA